AUGGAGGAGGUGGUCAACACCCUCGGCAGCUCCGGGUUCGACGUCGACUGGUCCCCUGUGCAGCAGCUUCCCGAAGAGGAGCUGCGGCACGCCACCGUGGCCAACGCCCUCGGCAGCUCUGUCGGCUCGCGCUCCAGGUCCCCCGGGCGGCAGUCACCUGCCGAGGAGCUGCCCCCCCCCGCCCGGCGCACGGAUGCCGUGGCGCACGCCAGCCCGCUGCUGCCCUCCCCGAUCCCCUCGGCGGGCUCCUCUCCGCGGCCGGCGGCGGCGGCGCUCCCGCACGCGGAGAGCCGCCGGGCCGUGAUGCUGGGCGGCUUCCGGACGGAGGCCUUCAACGCCAUCUUCGUGGAGAAUCGCAGGGCCGAGUUCCGGAUGAACGGGCACGCGACGUACUGGAGCGCGGACGACUGGUUCCUGUACUACAGCCCGGGCACCCGCACCUGGGGCGUCGCCCGCGCCAGCCGCUUCGCGCGCGUCCGGGCUGGCCAGAGCUACGGCUCCGCGCACAGCCCCCCGAGCUACGACCUGCUGUACGACGCCCGCCUCUCGCCCCCGAUGGGCUGGAAGGAGUCGGCGCGGCAAGAGCCCUGUGAGCUUGAGGCGCCCCGGCGCCGGCCUGCAGAGCCGGGGCGUAGUGCGGGCGCGGCCAGCGCCCAGCCCGGCGGGGCCCGGCGUUGGGCGGCGGCCGCCGCGGCAGGAGGUCAGCGUGUCGCUGGACGUGCUCGACGCGCCGCCGCGGGCAGGGGGGCCCAGGGUCGCCGCGGCAGCCUCGCCGCGCGGGGCGCCAGGGGGCCGCUCCUCGCGCGGCGUGCCCGAGGCCGGCUGAGCGCCGUGGCCGGACGUGUCGGGGGGCUGCCAGGACAG